GGACGCAUGUGUCAUCUGGUUUCUUGAGAACUGUUACAAAGACACAAGACAAAUAGAAGAACAUCUCAUACGUUAUGAGAUGAGAUCUACUGACUCUGUUCGGUUUCAAGUUUUCAGAAGUCGCUACCCUCAUUUCCCUUCCUUAACGGGGUUUCUUUUCAACGUCACUUCACUUCACCACUGUGUUCGGAACCACCAAGACUAAAGUCAACAAAUUUAUUUUUUUCUGCAUUGAAGCGCGUGGCCACCGGAGCUACGGAGCAACCUUUUCCGGCGGGUUUCGGUAGCUCCGGUUGAUGACGUGGCUUUCCGGUGACCAAAAUCCUGGUGGGUUUUGGGAUCAGUGACAUGUGGAGCUGAGUUGGUGGAGUGGCGUGAGUGACUUGUGAGCGAAGAUGUUCAGAUGGAGGAGUGAGAGACACAGGGUCAAAGCUGUUUUCAAGCUCCACUUCCAUGUCACCCAGAUAGUGCAAUCUGGGGUGGAUGCUUUGGUGCUGUCCAUAGUUCCAGGGGACAUUGGAAAGGUAACUACGAGGCUAGAGAAAGCUGCAGUUCGUGAUGGAGUUUGUAGAUGGGAGAAUCCUGUCUAUGAAACAAUCAAGUUUGUUCAGGAGCCUAAGACUGGGAAAUUCAGUGAGAGAGUGUAUCAUUUUGUGGUUUCCACGGGGUUAUCAAAAGCCAGCUUCUUUGGGCAAGUUUCUAUAGACUUUGCUGAGUAUGCUGAGGCUACAAAGCCCUCUACUGUCUCUCUUCCCAUCAAGAAUUCUCAUUGUGAUGCUGUGUUGCAUGUAUCAGUCCAGAGACUACAAGAAAAUAAUGAUAAGAGAGAGGACGAGGAUUGUGAAGAUACCAAACUAAAACCAAAUGAUAGAAGUUUGAGGACCUACUUAAGCAAUGGAGAGAUAGAUGCAGGCUCUAAAAGUGAUUCUUCUGAGGAUGUGUCUGCCAAAGCAAACACCAAUGGAGCUGAGUUGAGUGCUGAUUGUAGGACAUCUAGUGGAUCUGACAUUACAAUAUCAAGUUCUGAUGGCAGCUCUGGACUUGACACUCCCCGAGAACUUGGACUAAGAAAUGAUGGUAUCCACCCCAACAACAAUGGUUUUCUUUCGGAUGUGAGCCACACUUCGGAGCCCCAAAAACCUUCUGCAAAUGCCUCUGCAGCAAUAUAUGAUAUUCAUCAGAGAUCACACUGGGACUGGUCAGCUGGUUCAGAACACGGUUUGAGUACAGACCGUUCUCAGGAUGUGCUUCCUAGGGAAAGAUCCCUUCAAGCAUCUGAUAUGGAAAUUGAAAGACUCAAGGCUGAGCUUGCUGCUUUGGCAAGGCAGGUCGAUGUGUCAGACUUGGAACUACAAACUCUGAGAAAGCAAAUUGUAAAGGAAAGCAAAAGAGGACAGGAGCUCUCAAAGGAAAUCAUUAGCUUGAAAGAGGAAAGAGAUGCACUCAAGGUUGAAUGUGAGAGUCUCAGAUCUUUUCACAAACGAAUGGAGGAUUCCAAAGUGAGUAAGAGGCCACAAUUGGAUAGUGGGGAUCUUUGUACUCUAGUCGAAGAAAUUAGACAAGAAUUGAAGUAUGAGAAGGAGCUGAAUGCAAAUCUACAAUUACAGCUAAAGAAGACUCAAGAAUCUAACGCUGAACUAGUUCUUGCUGUGCAGGACCUGGAUGAAAUGCUGGAGCAGAAAAAUAGGAAAGUUUGUAGUCUUUCAAAUAAACAUGAACAAGGUAAAAACUCCCAUGAGUUAGGGGGAAACCUCUCUAAAUGUGAAACGGAUGACGACGAAGAACAGAAAGAAUUGGAGGAGCUUGUUAAGGAGCACAGCAAUGCCAAGGAGACUCACUUACUUGAGCAAAAGAUUAUAGAUCUCUAUGGUGAAAUAGAGAUGUAUAGGAGAGAUAAAGACGAGUUAGAGAUGCAGAUGGAGCAGCUUGCAUUAGACUAUGAGAUAUUGAAACAGGAAAACCAUGACAUUGCAUAUAAGCUGGAACAAAGUGAACUGCAAGAACAAUUAAAAAUGCAAUAUGAAUGCUCAUCUCCUCCUCCUGGUGUUGAUCACAUUGAAUCCCAUAUUCAGAAUCUGGAAAAUCAACUCAAGCAACAAUCAGAAGAAUUCUCAAAUUCUCUGGCUACCAUCAAGGAACUUGAAUCCCAAAUCAGCAGAUUAGAGGAGGAACUGGAGAAACAAGCCCAGGGAUUUGAAGCUGAUCUAGACACUGUGACACGUGAAAAAGUUGAGCAGGAGCAAAGAGCCAUCCGCGCAGAAGAAGCUUUACGAAACACUAGACAUAAAAAUGCUAACACUGCAGAGAGGCUCCAAGAAGAAUUUAGAAGGCUCUCGACGCAAAUGGCCUCUACGUUUGAGGCCAAUGAGAAGGCUACCAUGAGAGCAUUGACAGAAGCAAGUGAACUUCGUGUGCAGAAAAGGCUAGUGGAAGAAAUGCUGCACAAGGUCAAUAAAGAGCUUCAGUCAGCCAAAGCUGAUUAUGAGGUAAAACUGAAUGAACUUUCCAACAAAAUAGACUUGAUGACAGCUCGGAAACAACAGAUGUUGUUGGAAAUUGAGGACAAGUCAAAGCAGCUUGAAAAUCAGAAGAAGCAUGAGGAACAAGUUAGUAGGGACUUCUCUGAAGAGAUCCAGAUGCUAAAAGCUGAAAAUGAAAGGCUUAAAGUGGAGAUUUCAGGCCUCUCUGAGCAAGUAGAACAAAAAGAACUCUUAAGAAAUGACUUGGAGCUUAUGAAGAAAUCAUUUGAGGAAUCUGAGGCUCGGUUACAGAGUAGAACGAUGGAAAGAAAUGAGCUGGUGAGUGCGAUUGCUUUGUUGAAGAAGGAAGCAGAAAGGUCACUUGAUGAGCUAAGAAGGGUGAAGCAUCUCAAGGAUGAGAAAGAGAUGGCAGGUAGAGUCUUGCAGUCAGAGUUAGAAGCACUUAGAGUUCAAUAUAGUGACUUGAAAAGUUCUCUUAUUGAGGAUGAGAGUGAAAAAGAAAAUCUAAGGAAGCAAGUUUUCGAGCUUAAAGGGGAACUAAAGAAGAAGGAUGACGCAUUAAGCAACAUUGAGAAGAGAUUCAAGGAUAGCAAUGGACGCGCACAGCUCUCUGAUGGAACUAAAACCAAUUCGAAAAACAAAAAAGGUGCUUCAAUUCCUCAGAAUUCAAAAGAAAUGGCAAGUCUGAGGGACAAAAUAAAAACUCUUGAGGGCAUGAUAAGGUCCAAGGAAAAUGCUUUGGAAAUGUCAGCUUCUUCAUUUUUGGACAAGGAAAGGGAGCUCCAAUCCAAAAUUGAGGAACUGGAAGACAAAGUGGAGGAAUUCAAUCAAAGCAUUUCUUUGCAAAAGGUUGUUGAGGAUAAGAGUAUUACUACUUCAAAUGACACUACACGCGUGUCAGAAGGAAAUGGUGUUGCAGUUUCACUGUUCAAUAGUAAUGGCAACCUUAGUGAGACUUUAGCCGAAUUAUCGUUGUUGAAGGAAAGAAACAACUCAAUGGAAACGGAGCUGAAAGAGUUACAACAAAGAUACUCAGAAAUGAGUCUCAAAUUUGCGGAGGUAGAAGGUGAAAGACAGAAGCUUGUAAUGACUGUACGAAAUCUCAAGAAUGGCCGCAAGGCCCAAUGACAUGUUCAUGAUAGUAUAAGGUGAAUAAAUUAAUGUGUACACUGGCAACAUAUAUGAGUUCUUAGCCUUUUUCUUCUCUCACCCAUCUGAAUGUAAAUGUGUGCCAUAAUAAGGGUACCAUUUUACAGAGUUAUCAUGGUAGUUUGUGAUGUUUUAAGUGCUUUUUAGUUACCAAUAGUGCUCAUCAGUUACUUGAUUGUAUUGGGUUUUUUUUUUUUUUUUUUUUUUUUUUUUUUUUGUUUUUUUUUUUUUUUUUUUUUUCCUUAUGGAUUUAUAUACAUAUUCUUUUAUUGUAUCCUUCAACUGAAAUAUUAUGAUAUAAUACAAAUGAGCAUUUCUUAUAUUCAA